CCGGCGGAUUUGGUCCUGAUUUGUGUGCGCGGCGUGUCUCCUCCGCCCUUCCCCCCCACGCCAGCCCAGACCCUCCCCGCCGCCGGGGGAGUCUUGAUAUCUUGCCGAGGGUUUCUGUACGCUGUGGCGCUCUAGCGUUUAGGGGUUGUGUGUGUCUAGCUGUCUAGCUCGCAACUAAGGCCCCACGCCCCCAGCUCUUCGGUUCGCUUAGCACCGCAGCCCAGCAGGGAGGAGCGCGCGCCGCCAGCUCCGCAAGGGAUGGAGCAGACCGAGGUGCUAAAGCCACGGACCCUGGCCGAUCUGAUCCGCAUCCUGCACCAGCUCUUCGCUGGCGAGGAGGUCAACGUGGAGGAGGUGCAGGCGGUGUUGGAAGCCUACGAGAGCGACCCCGCCGAGUGGGCAGUGUACGCCAAGUUCGACCAGUACAGGUAUACCCGAAAUCUUGUGGAUCAAGGAAAUGGAAAAUUUAACCUAAUGAUUCUAUGUUGGGGUGAAGGACAUGGCAGUAGUAUCCAUGAUCACACCGACUCCCACUGCUUUCUGAAGAUGCUACAGGGAAAUCUAAAGGAGACAUUAUUUGCCUGGCCUGACAAAAAAUCCAAUGAGAUGACCAAGAAGUCGGAAAGAAUCUUGAGGGAAAACCAGUGUGCCUACAUCAAUGAUUCCAUUGGCUUACAUCGAGUAGAGAACACUAGCCACACAGAACCUGCUGUGAGUCUUCACUUGUACAGUCCGCCUUUUGAUACAUGCCAUGCCUUUGAUCAAAGAACAGGACAUAAAAACAAAGUCACCAUGACAUUCCAUAGCAAAUUUGGAAUCAGGACUGCAUUUACAACUUCUGGAUCUCUGGAGAACAACUAAGGAGCACCAGACCCUCUGAGGUUUUACUUUAAGGUCCACUGAAAGCUUUGCCUUGGACAGGAAGGCCUCUCACCAUUUGCUGCCCAGUAAUAUACUUUAUAAAGCCAAUACUUAGAUCUACUGUAAGGCAGAUGCUAACUAUAAGGCAUUAAGUAAGCAAAUAGUGCCCUGAGCUACUGCAGGAGAAAAAUCCCACUAUAGAAAAAGAAGGCUCAUGAUUUUAAAGGCCAAAUCAAGUACUCUCCUGGUUUCAUCCUCUAAAUCCAUUGGAACCCUACUGGGAAAGUCAGUGAAGGUUUUUAUAGCUUUUGGAAACACUUUGGCCUCUGAACUGUAAUUAGCAAUAAAUAAAAACAGGAAACCACAGACAUCUGAUGCCCACCUUGUUACUUGGAGGACUAAAUGUGGAUGUCCUUAAUAUACUUUGUAUGUUCUAGUAUUUGAAGAGAAUUUUUUGAAUCUGGAUUUUAUUUUUUCAAUCUUAUUUUACAAAUUCCUGUUCUAUAAAUCAUAGGGUAUUGUAGAUAGAGAAACUUAAGGUACUUUGCCAUUUGGUAGUGAAAUGAAGGGCAGAGGAUUUAGAAAAGUACCCAAGCCCACAACAAACCAGAAACACAAACUCAUGUCAGUGUGUCCAGUGGUCAUGGUCAAAGACUUUGUACUGCUACAAAAAUUGCCAAGUAAUUUUAAUAAAAUUGGAUUUGAACACAA